AUGAAAGCCGCGCAUGGGAUUGUCCAGGAGGACUUCAUGACACUUUGCGAUCCGAAGCGCCUCAAGGGUUCGCCCUGGCCGCAGGCCUUGCUGACCAUCGAAGAGCUGCGGGCGUCUGCUGUGCCGAGGAAGACUAUCCUGCACAACAUGGUGCUGAACUCCUGUGCCAAAGCCCAGAAGUGGCGACACUGCCUGCAGCUGCAACACGAGAACGGCCUCGGCAACCUUGUGAGCCAGUCGACAGUCAUUGCCGCCGAGGCGCAAGUCCACAGGUGGUGCAAUGCGCUACAACGACUGGCGUGCCUCGGCAGCCGGCGGCUGCAGUCGAAUGCCGUGGCUACAACGGCUGCUGCUCAUGCCAUUAGCGGAGCUACGUGGCCUUUGGCAGCUUUUCUGCUGGCGGCGCACGAAGGAGAUGUUGGCGCGCAGAACGCGAAGAUGGCCCUCUGGGCCGAUGGCGCGUGGUCUCAGGCGCUGGCAGUCUACGACUUGCUCAUGCAAAGGAGGCUGACGCCUGAUCCCACCAGCACCAGCACCGCCGUCAUGGCAGCGGCCGAGGGUCUGAUUUGGACUUCGGCACUGCAUCUUCUCCAGGAGUUGCGGAUUCUCGAGCUACAAUGCACCACCAUCCUCUUCAACUCUGCCAUCACUGCAUGUGGACGCUGUGCUCAGUGGGCCAUGGCUCUCGCCAUUUUUACCGACCAUUUCACCGAGAGUCUGGAGAGGAGCAACGCCAGCUACACCACUCUGCUCGGCGCCUGCGAGAUGGGAGGUCGCUGGGAGCUGGCCUUGGAGGUUCUGGCUUUGGCGCGGAGCGAGCGGAGGUGCACCAACGUGACCUUCAACGCAGCUCUGGGCGCCUGCGGACAUUGUGCGCAAUGGCAAGUGGCCCUGCAGCUCAUGGAGGACCGGGAGAUGGUGAAGGCCUCCUUUCCCUGCGACCAGAUCGCACAGAACACGGCCCUGGCAGCCUUGGCCAAGAUCGUGGUGAGGCCGGACGAUGGCAGCAUGCGCUUUCGCUUCUCAGCAGCCUUCCUUGCGGAGGCACUGGCCUUAGCAGGCCUUGAGGUGCGUGCGCGUCCCAUGUUCGACAUCUCCUAUCAUCACGUGCAGACGUCAUCUCCUACGCUACUGUCGCACGAACUUGUGCUGCGGAAUCCGCCUGGCGUAUCGCUGCAGCGGUACUCGCAGAGGGUCGGCGAGCCCAGGCGAAUGAUCCGAAAGGGAGCUGCGGUGGAGGUUCUGAUUUCUUCGAGCUGGGAAUGUGGAAGUUCCGCGCAAAUUCACCCAGGUCGGGGUUCUCUUGAGGUGGAAUUGGACAUCGUUGCACAUGGGGGCGUGCUUGAUGCCUGUGCUGGGCGCUGGGCGGUGGCGGGCGAAAUCCUUGCGGAGAUGUACGAGGAGGGAGUCUCUGCAGCCCACAGUUCGGUCAUACAGCGCCGCACUCGCAGCGGGGAGAGUGCCGUGGAAGCGUUCUUCCCAGCUGCAAGGUUUGCAAUCAGGCUGCUGGACCAGAUUCGCGCACGGACGAUGCAGCUGACACCUGUCGUGUGCGAUGCGGCCAUGGUUGCUUGCGAGAGUUCCGGGGAGUUGGAUCAUCUCUGGCUGCUUCUGGUGUCCAGCGAGCCUCGGCCAAAGCCCAAUGUCCAGCCGCAACACGAGCGUUCGCCCAGUGCCUUCCUCUGGGGCUUGGCCUUGCUGGGUACGUGGGAGGCAGAGGUGAUCCAGGAAGCUUGCGUCAGGGCUCUGCUGCACCUGCGCAGUGACCGAAGUCACAUCUCUGGCAAUGAGCUGGCCUCACUUUGGUCGUCCGGCUCUGCGCUUGGUGUGGUGAACCCAACCUUCCAGAGGUGCCUGGCAGAGCUCACCGCAGAAAUGGAGGACUUUAGCCUGGAGGAGCUCGUGACAGCUGCAUGGGGUGUUGGGUCAGUGCCCUCAGCAGUAGCAGGGCAACGGCGGGUGCUGAAUAUCCUGCGUGGUCUUCUGGACACCAGGAGGGUGGAGAGUCUGAUGCUAACACGGGAGGGCUUGCACGUUCUUGGCGUGUUUUGA